AUGCUCUGGUUGCUCUGGACGAUGUGCCUUGUUGCAACCUGCCAAGCUGCUCAUCUGUCCACAUGUAGACCGCCAACGUCCAGCACACUCGAGCAUGCGAGGAGUCACAGGGAUGUCUGUCUGCUGACAGACUACUGCAAGGAGUCUGGCUCCCUUGCGGCAACCUCGGAGUCUGUCCUCAAUGCUGACGCAACGACCAGCACAUCCGUCACGGCGCCGUCUGACGAGACAGCUUCGAUGAGUCUGAACGCGGCCAGCGAGGCUCCCUCUGCUUCAGCAGAGCCUGCGAGCAUCACGUCCCGUCCGCCUGAGGACAAAGCAACGCCUGCGGCAGACGAGAUCACACGAUCCAAGACCGAUGAUACGGUCUCACCUACGCCGACUGCCGUGCCCCCUUUUGUCCCUUUCGACGAGUGGCGUGCUAAGAACGAGCCCAAGCCUCGUACGGUCAAGACGACCGCAUCCUCGCUUGGAGCAUCAGCCGUCAUACAGGAGUCACGCACGGUUUCGUCCUCGCGCAGUGAAGCCACCUCGGACAGCCUCACGAGCGCAGAACAAGCGACUGGCACUGCUCAAGCUAUCAUCACCCCUUCUGCGAUUGUGCCGAUCGAUCGCACCAGUAGUGAGCCGGGGGCCAAGUCGGAGGAGUAUGCCAUGGCUAUCGCGUCCGAUCUCGUCCAUCCUCUUCCGGAUCUGCCGACGACCGACCCCCUCUCGCCGCUCCGCAAGCUGGCUAGCCGGACGAACUAUGCUUCUUUCGACUGUGCAGCUGCUGUUCACAGAUCGAGCAAGCAGACAAAGGGCGCUUCCUCCAUCCUGCGAGAAGCAAAGGAUCGCUAUAUGCUCACGCCAUGCAAGACCCCGAAUAAAUUCGUCAUCAUUGAGUUGUGCGAGGCGAUCGAAAUUGACACGCUCGUGCUGGCCAACUACGAGUUCUUCAGCUCGAUGUUCAAGCUCUUCUCCGUCAAGGUGACUGAUCGACUGGCCGUCUCGACCGGCGAUACCGACAGUGAGCAAUGGAUCAAUCUGGGUACCUUUCGCGCCAGAAAUGUGAGAGGGCUCCAGAUCUUCAAGCCGCACAAACUCAAGGGAUUCUAUCGCUAUCUUCGCAUUGACUUUGUGACCCACUACGGAACCGAGCACUUCUGUCCCGUCAGCCUACUGCGUGUUUACGGUCUCACGGAGAUUGCCUCGUGGCGGGAGGAAGAGAUGCGUAUGCAAGCAGCAGCCAACGCCCUCGACGCAUCCGCAGAAGACAUUGAAUACGCCGUACCGACAAAUGAGGAGCUUUGGAAUGGUCCGGCUCGGGUUGCCCCUCGGACUGUCGACGUCAACAUUGUAGCCACUGGCUCAAGCGCUGCAGAUCAAGCUACGCACACGUCUGACAAUGUCUCGCGGACAAGUGUCGAGCAUCCAUCUGCCAUUCCCACUUCUGUGCUGCUCGCAUCUGAGGUCAGGCAAAGCGCGAGCGAUAAGAUGGCCUCGCAGCGAGAUGAUUCGACACCCUCAUCGGCCUCAGUCACAAAGCAGCCUGUAAGCAAUCUGCCGCCGGCGAAUCAGACCCGCAGCGAAGACGUGGCGAAUGCAGACGGCGCACAGGGCGAAGCUCGCAACGUGACUCGCGCGGCUGCCGUGUCGUCCAGUCAGCCAGCGCAUACGCAACCUGGCGAAUCCAUCUAUGGCACUAUCAUGAAACGACUGUCCGCGCUCGAGCACAAUGCGUCGCUAUCGAUGCGCUACAUCGAAGAGCAAGGGAAGAUGCUGCGGGAGGCCUUCGCUCGCGUUGAGACGCGGUUCGAAUAUUAUGACGCAGCGAGAGCCAAGCAAGAUGCGAUGCUGCGCAAGAUCAUGCUCGACGUAGAUCUCCAUCGGGCCAAAGUCGAAGAGGAUCGCAUUGCUCUGGCCUCUCAGCUCAAUCAUCUUAGCCAGGAAGUCAUCUUUGAGCGAAGAGUGGGACUCGCACAGCUCGUGGUGCUCAUGGCGAUCGUUGUCUUUGUCGGACUGACACGCGGAUCACCAAACGUACCGCUUCUGCAGAUGCUGCCUGAGCACCCGACUCGGCACUGGCGGGGUCGCAGUCAGCUAUUUGCAGACAUACACGACCAUAAAGGCGAGCAUGCAAGAGAGCGAACGUCAUCAGAUCGCAAGCAUCUUGCGCAAGGACUCCACAGGGUGGCGUCGACUGGCAGAAAUAGUCGCAAAGCCCACCUCAAUGCGCCUACCUCACGUAAGACGUAUUCAGUUUCUGGCAACAUCAAUCCUCGUCUGACUCCCGUCUUGGCCACUGGUGAUCUGCCUGGCCCUCGACGGCGCAAGCGAGACGAAGAGCGACGAUCUGAGUCUCCCAUGUUGAGUGGUCCGACAGGCCGAAGGCGACCGGCAUCGAUACACGAGUCGACUGCCAAGUCCGGUAACGGGCUAGAGAUGACGACGCAUCGACCAUUGCCGAUUCGUAUGCCGCCGAGCCCAGAGCCGAGCUCGGAUGCCAAUACCUGGCAAUCUGCAUCCGGCACAGAUGAUGAGCUCAGUGCAAGUGCGAGCGCGGAUGAAUCCUCGGACGCAGGCAGCGCGACCGCGGAAGCAUUCACGCCCUAUCUUUUGGAGACACGAUCGUCUCUGGACGAUUCUGAUGAGGACAAUGGUGCUUCAGAUGGGACUAGGUUAAUGACAGACGCCAACGGGCUCGGGUUCAAGCUUCAUAACGCAUCUUCGGCAACGCUUGUCAGUCCGGCUAACCUUGUAUCUCAGUCGAAUCCGCCGUCUUCACCUAGAGAUCAGAUGGAAGAGACCUUGCAGUAG